UUUCCUUUUUUUCUCCGCGGAGUCAAUGCCUCGGUCAAAGCUCAACGAGAGCAUGUCUUCCUCCUCCUAGCUCCACCCCUCCUGACUCCUGCUCCACUUGUCUCCCUGCCCGCCUCCGCCGCCUCCCCGUCCCCAUCCCCCACCCGCAUUCCCCAGAUCUCCAUGGACCCAGCCCCGCCCACGGAACCGGCCUCUACCUCCGCAGCCGCGGCGUCGCGGGACGUCGCCGCGAUGCUGCCGGACUCGCCGCCGCGGCGCGCGGCGGGGCACCGCCGCGCACAGUCGGAGAUCCUCCUCGGGGCCGCGCUCCCCGACGACCUCACCUUCGACGCCGACCUCGGCGUCGUCGGGGAGGCCGGGGGCGACGACGAGGACGAGGACGACGAGGAGGAUGACGAGGAGGGGGCCGGCGGGAGCGGCGGCGAAAGCCGAAUGUUGGAGAUGUUCCUAGAGAAUGGCGGCAAGCUCGCCAAGGCCGAGCCGGCGGAGCCCUCGGCACACCCGCCGCCGCUGGCCCCCGCGCGGCCGCGGCACCAGCACAGCAUGUCGAUGGACGGCUCCACGUCCCUGGGGUCCGCCGCCUCGGGAAUUCCGGGGAGGGCGGGCGCUGACGCUAAGAAGGCCAUCUCCGACGCCAAGCUUGCGGAGCUCGCGCUCGUUGAUCCCAAGCGCGUCAAGAGGAUCUUGGCAAACCGGCAGUCAGCUGCUAGGUCAAAAGAAAGAAAGAUGCGCUACAUUGCAGAGCUCGAAAGAAAAGUACAGACUCUGCAGACAGAAGCUACUACACUAUCAGCUCAGUUGACCAUGUUACAGAGAGAUACCACUGGUUUGACAAGUGAGAAUAGUGAUUUGAAGGUGCGGGUGCAGACAAUUGAGCAGCAGGUCAGGCUGCAGGAUGCACUGAACGACAGGCUAAGAGAUGAGAUUCAACAGCUGAAGAUUGCAACAGGACUGGUUAAUGCUAACAUUGACAAAAUGGGAAACUUUGGUCUGUCCCCAUAUGGAGGCAAUCCACAACGUUACCAGCGCACCCAUAUGCAAUCUCUUCUGGUCGCUCAGCAGCUGCAGCAGCUUCAGAUCCACUCCCAGCAGCAGCAGCAGCAAACGCAUUUGCAGCAGCAACACCUCAGCACAGUCCAGCAGCACCAGCUGCUGCAGGAGGCGCUUCCAUUUGCUGGGGACCUGAGGAUGAAAGGAGUCGCCACAACAUCACAUGCACAAAAUCCAGGUGCCUCCGACAGCCGUGCUGUCAACAGCGAACCUCGAGAAUUGGCGUAGCUACCUGUCAGUUGUCAGUAAUGAUAUUGUGCUCUAUCUGACUGAGCGAUUCAUGCAUCAGCUAGCGCAGUGUCUAGGUAAAUUUCAAACCGUAAGGCACUUAGAUUUCUGCAGCCUGUAGAUCCCAUUCAGUUGUAAGAUGUAGAACUGAUGAACCAGGCUGCGUAAUACACCAUGCCGAAUGUCUCGUCUGGAACUGGCCAUGAGUUUGUGCCUGGAGCCGUUCUCGGAUGGGUGCAAGAGCAUAUUAACAGUUGCUGUCACUAUAAUUCACGUUGAGGAACUAGAACCGUGUGUUCUUUACCCAAGAUCAAGCCGAAUCGUGGCAGCAGGUGGCCAGGUGUACGCUCCAGCUAAAGCGAAUGGUACCGACAAAAAUGCUGUUGGCAACUUGACCUGGAAACAUGAUGAUCCCGAUCCCCAACACCUCGACAUGUUCGAUU